GUAUAAAAGCUGAGCGAACCCCAUGCCCAAGCCUCCAUUGCCAUUGCCUUCUCAAUCAACUUCACAACCCUUUGGAUCCAUCUCUCCUCUUGAAAUGGCUUCGGCCGGCGAUUCCAGCAGUUUCCAGGUCAAAAUCAUCAGCAAAACCCUCAUCAAAGCCUCCGACACCACAAUCCAACCCUACGUCCUCUACCCCUCCAACCUCGACCACCUCCCUAGCAACAUCCCCAGCCCGUUCCUCACCAUCUAUCCGAAGCCUCCCUCCGGCGGCGACUACUCCUCGGUCGCCGCCACCCUCCGGCGCACCCUCCCCACCUUCCUCAACUACUUCUUCCCCUUCACCGGUCGAAUCAGGCCCGACAGGAACGGCGUCCCGGAGAUCUACUGCAACAACGAGGGGGCCGAGCUCGUCGUCGCCCGCGCCGACAUCCGCCUUGCGGACGUCAAUUUCCACGACAAGUCCAAAUCCUUGGAACGAAUCGAGCUGCCGUACGAGGAGGAAAUCCCGCUCUCUAUCCAGGUUGUGGGCUUCGCCUGCGGCGGUUUCUCCAUCGUGUGGGGCGGCACCCACCUCCUCUCCGACGGCCAUGGCUUGUCUUUCCUUCCCACCCUCUGGACCGAGUAUGUCCGGACCGGCGAGCUCUCGAGAAUUCCCAACCACGACCGGUCCAUCUUCCGGCCCCGCUCGCCGCCCAGCUACUCCCCGGAGACGGACCGCUCCCUUGCAUGCUUGACCCCCGACGAUCUCAUCAACUCGCUCUCCGCCGGCGCCUUCGUCAAGCGGCUCUACCACGUCGACGGGAAGCACAUCGACCGCCUGCGCGAGCUGGCCAGCCGGGAGGGCCGCAGCGCCACCCGAAUGGAGGCCUUCUCGGCGUAUCUCUGGAAAUCCCUCGCGAAGGCCGUCGGGGACUCCGACGUCGGCUGCCGCAUGGCGUGGCUGGUCGAUGCCCGGCAGCGGCUAGGCCCCAAGUACACCGAGGCCAUGAAGGAUUACAUGGGGAACGUUAUCACGUUCGCGACGAAAGAAGCCGGCGUGGCGGAGCUCGUGAACGGCUCCUACUCGCAGGUCGCCGGCAUGGUGUCGGCGGCGGUGAAGGAGGUGGCGGACAACGCCGAGGACCACUUCCAGGAGAUGAUAGACUGGGUGGAAGGCCACAAGGUGGGGAAGAGGGCGAACCGGGUUCAGGUCGGGCUCGGUAGCCCGGCCCUAGUGGUGAGCUCCUUCCACCAUAUGAACAUGAACCUGGACUUUGGGCUCGGUCAGGCAGCCCUAGCAAUCCCCGAUCUGCCUUGGGGGAGAUUGGGUUCGGCUUUUGUGAUCGUGCUAGCGAGCCCUAAGGGCGACGGCUCCUUGUACAUGAACGCCUACAUAUGGUCUCAGUUAGCCGUCGUGCUCGAGUCAGACCCGGACCGUGUGUUCAAGCCUGCCACCGCCGAGGGUUUGGGCGUGGUCGAGCCUGCAUCUCAUCAGGUCUGGCUCAGUCGAUUAUAAUGAUCGAGAUCGAUAUCGAUGGAUGCAAGCAGAUCUCUACAACUUAAUUAGAUUGCAGAGGAUUUGUAGUCACUCCAAGGAGAAGAGCAAUGAUUGAAGGCGUCCUUUGUGUGAGCUUUGAGUCGGUCUGUAACCUAAAAAUAUAAAGCUUUGUUUGGAAUGUUUGGGGACAAACAUUUGUAUUAUUUUAUUGUCGUCGAAGUGUGUAAUUAAUCUUGCCAUCCUACUCGUUUUGGUUAAGAAGUGAGUUCAGGAGUUGUUUUCA